GAAAGAGGUGGCUAUAUACGAGGAUGCUGUACAGGAAUACGUGGGUCUACAUGAAAGAGUUGCAUAUAUCGCCUCAUUCAACUUAUUGAAUAUCCCAACUCAUCGAAAGUCAUGUCGAACUUAUUCCGCAGGGCAUCUGAUGCCUUCCACCACCACCAGCGGAAGGACUCUGAGGAUUCUGCAAACCAGGAUACCCUCAUAUCUCCAUCCCAGGAAACACGGGAGCCGCAGGAACCGCAGGUGGCGCAAGUAUCGCAAGUGCCACAAGAUACACAAGAGUCCCAGGUUGAUCCUGCAACUCGGGGUGACUCCCAGGGCAGUGAUAAGGACAAAGUUGGAAAUGGCAACUCUCACCACCAUCACUGGGGCUUCCUCCAUCGUCCAACCGAGGAAGAACGAGCGAAACGCCGAUUGAGUCAACAGGAGAAGGAGCGAGCCGACUGGGCUGCUUCGAAGAAGGAUGACCCUGCCCGACGGUCGAGCCAAGGGGCCAGUGGUGGGUCUGAGGGUAGUUGGCAGUAAUUAUUUCAAGUUCACAAUUUGUUCGAUGUUUCUUUGAUAUUGCGACUGACGGGAAACACAAUGAAAUGUAAAUUUGCCUCGAUGUCACCUACAGAUAACUCUUUAGUCUAGUACUAUAUGUCUAUUAACAAUUCCAAUACUUGAUCGUACAGCUCUA